AUGAAAAUAGAUUAACAAAAACUAAAUAUUUUUUAUGAUGAGAUGUGUGGAAUUUGUGAUAAGUUAAUAAAAUUACUAGUUUAUUUGAUAAAUCCUAAUAUUCUAUAAUUAUAUUCUUUAUAGAAUGCAAUAUAGGAUGAGAAAUUAAGAAAAGAAUAUGAUUUAGAUCUUUCAUCAAUUGUAGUGAUAACAUAAAAUAAGAAACUAAUAAAAUCAAAAGCAAUAUUCUAUUUACUUAAAUAGACUAAAUUAAAAUAUAUAAUUAAAGUGAUUGAAUUCAUCAUGCCAUAGUGUUUGUCAGAUUGGACCUAUGAUUUCAUUGCAAAACAUAGAGAUAAAAUUUGUAAGUUGAAGAGAAGAUGA